AUGUCUAGUUUAAGCAAUGAAAAUGCUAAUACAAAUAGAGGAAGAGUUCAAUCAAUGGUUAUAAGUAAAUUAAUUGAUGAUCCUCAAAUGAAAGAAAUGAUUGUUAUGGAAUAUGAACGAUUAACUCCUUUACAAUUAUUACGUCGAUUAAAAUUUCGAGCUCAAAAACAAGGAAAUUGUUUAAUUCCAAAUUGGCUUUUACUUGUUCUUUGUAAUUUAUUUCUUGUACUUCUAUUUGGAUUAAUGGCUGCUGCUAUUAUGCUUGCUAAAAAUCCUCCUGGGAAAGAAAAUACAGUAACUGCUGCACCUUUACAAAGUAAUCUUGGUUACAAUGCCACCUGUUUUACAUGGGAUACAUCAUGUAAUGAAAAAAUGAAUUUAUGGUGUAUUAUGGGAAAUUGUGAUUGCUAUAAUCAAUUAUAUUAUUGGAAUGCAAGCUCAUCAAAAUGUGUUCAAUGUCCAACUGCAUUUUAUUAUAAUGGAUCAUCAUGUAUUUGUCCAUCUCCUCGAUAUCUUCAAGGACCUUCGAAUACUACAUGCGCACUUUAUCGAACUUAUAAUCAGACAUGUUCAAGCAUAAAUUUAUGUAAUCCAACGCCUGGUCUUUAUUGUAGUAGUAGUGGAAUAUGUACAUGUUAUUAUGGUUAUUAUUGGAAUUUAACAACAUCAGUUGGAAAUGGUUAUUGUGUUAGUUAUGCAUCAAAUACAGAAACAUGUAGUACAACAAUUAAAUGUCUUCCAACAAGUUCUACUGGACUUCUUACAUAUUUAACAUGUACCAAUGGAACUUGUCAAUGUCCAACAACAGGCCAAUGGUAUUGGACCGGUGAUACAUGUACUCAAAUUAAUACAUAUGGUGGAUCAUGUAUUACUAAUCAACAAUGCGAUGGUACUCUUCAAUUAAUUUGUAAUGGAAGUAUUUGUAUUUGUGCAGGAGGGACAGCAUAUGGAACUUGGUUUUGGAAUGGAACAAUGUGUAUUUUAUGUCCAACCGGUUGGAUUAACUACGGAUUAUAUUGUUAUUAUAAUUCUCAACUACCUGCAACACAACCUGUCGCUCGUACUUAUUGUCAAAAAUAUGGCGGAGAUCUACUAUAUAUUGAAGAUCAAACAGAAUUUGAUUUUAUACAGCCACAUGCUGCUGCUAUUAUUGGUGCUUAUAAAUUGGCUUUUGUUGGUUAUUACACUAUUAAUAAUACACGUCCGGGUCUUUUUCAGUGGUAUAAUGAUGGACAUCAAUUUACUUCUGUGAAAUCAGCAUAUAAUUGGUGGUGUACUGCAGGCACUCCAUAUGGUCUUCAACCGACAUUCUCCUAUCAAUCAACAGCAACACCACAAGUACAAGCUUGUGGAGCUGUACAAAUUUAUGAUUCUUCACUCGUAUGUAUGAAUGAUUGGUGGUGUUCUGCUUCCUUACCAUUUAUAUGCAAGAAAUGUAAGUAUUUUUUAUAA